UGAAGUAUUAAACUAUUAACGGAUGAGCAUAAAGCACUCCAGCUCGGCAGGGGGAGAAACUUGCGCUGACAAAGGCGGAAAUGACGAAUCAUCAAACUUGCUCACUCCUCCACGUGCGAGAGCAGUGCUGUGCAGUCACAUUGGCAGGUCCGACCGUAGCUCCACGAUGAAACGACCAAAGUUAAAGAAAGCAAGUAAGCGGGUCACAUGUUCCAAACGCUAUAAAAUACAGAAAAAGGUCCGGGACCACACCAGAAAGCUAAGAAAAGAGGCAAAGAAGAAAGGGGUUAGCAAACGAGUGAAGAAAGAUCCCGGCGUGCCCAGCAGCGCUCCCUUCAAAGAGGAGGUCCUCCGCGAGGCAGAGCAGAGGAGGCUACAGAUUGAAGAAGAAAAAGAGAAAAAGAGACAGGCUAAAAUAUUGGAGCGAGCCCAGAAGAGGAAAAAGGAGAAGGAGGUCACAAGUAAAGAAACAGAACCCAAGGCCAAGAAGGCUCGGCAGGAUGAGGUUGGAAUACAGCAAGGGAAACCGUCUGCCCCAGACAAGAACUCAAAACAGUAUUUUUGCUCUGAAUUAAAUAAGGUUAUUGAUGCAUCUGAUGUAGUAAUAGAAGUCCUUGAUGCUCGUGAUCCACUGGGAUGCAGGUGUCCACAGCUGGAGGAGGCAGUGCUGACGAGGGAAGGCAACAAGAAACUGAUUUUAGUUUUAAGCAAGAUAGAUCUGGUACCAAAGGAAAACGUGGAGAGGUGGAUACAGUGCUUACAACUGGAGUUUCCAGUUGUGGCGUUCAAAGCAUCAACACAGAUCAAGGACAAAACAGUGCGAGCUAGAAAGCGCACAAUAGUGGCCUCCAAUGAAGUCCUGGACAGAUCCCGAGCAGCAGCCUGCUUUGGAAACCGUUCUCUCACUGAGCUCCUUGCCAGUUUUGCUGGUAACACACAGAAUGAAGCUUCACUCCGAGUGGGCGUAGUUGGUUUUCCUAAUGUGGGGAAAAGCAGUCUUGUCAACAGUAUGAAGGGGAUCCUUGCAUGCAAUGCCGGCGUCAAGAGAGGCAUCACAAAAUCCAUGCAGGAGGUGCACAUCUUGAAGAACGUGAAGCUAAUAGACAGCCCAGGAGUGGUGGCGUCACCGUCCAACCCUCCAGCCUCCAUGGCUCUGAGGAGCCUGCAGGUGGAGGAGGGCCAGGAGAGUGUGCUGGAGGCUGUCAGGACUCUGCUCAAACAGUGUGACCACAGCCAGAUCAUGCUUCAGUAUAACGUCCCUGACUUCAGAAACUCUCUGGAGUUUUUAACCUUGUUUGCCAAAAAGCAUGGAUAUCUGCAAAAAGGUGGAGUCCCUAACACGGAGCAGGCAGCCACAGCUUUCCUUGCUGACUGGACAGGAGCCAAGAUGAGCUACCACUGUAAGGCACCGGAGAACCACAGCCUCCCCACCUACAUGUCUGAUGCUGUUGUCGCUGAAAUGCACAACGGUUGGGAUCUAAACAAUUUGAAAACGGGAAAUGAGGAAACUCUGAAAGGUGUUAAAUUCCCAAACCAAGCCAGCAGUGUCAGCUUCAUCUCUAAAGGCCCAACUGCAGGCCUGCUGAGUGUCAGCGACGUCUCUGAAGAAAAACCUGGUGCUGCAGCCACAGAGAGGGAAGCGGAGCAAAAUGAUGAGAAUAAUGAGCCUGAACAAACUCCUAAGGAGGCAAAAGAAACAGAAGCACCAGAGAAACCACAGAAGGUGCUACUCAAAAAACAACCCGGCCAUGUGCAGUUUCAGUCUGUCCCCAUCAACGUCGGCCUCUCUGCAGCUACGACAGAUGAUGCCUAUGACUUCAACACAGAUUUUAAAUAAACGUUGCCUUCUUUGUCUGGCAGACCUGGAUUUGUCAGCGUAUACGAACAUGCUGAUGUAAAGAAUCACUGUCAGGGUGCCUUUGACCACUUCAUGACAGGCACGGUUGAUUAAAAAUCAGUUUGAAAGGCACUGCCUAGUUGAGUGGUUUAAGGCUAGUCAAUUAUAUUUGUGCUUUUACUUCAAACUUUGAAUCUGAGACAUAGUGGGACAGGACUACCUUUAUCCUAGAAAACACUUUACAGUCUGGCUCAAUUGAAUUGUUGGUCUAAGACUAAUCCCUGCUCAGAUAAUGGACUUCAUCUAUUAAAUUAUGUAUAUAUCCACUGACUCCAAAUGUUGUUGGUGAAUGAUCUCCAGUUUGAAAUGUCCAGAGGUCAUUUGUAAUAUUUUGUGUUGAUGCAGAAAACUGUAUAUAGAUGACGUACUAUAAAUGUAAUAAACCCUCUACAAAGCCUAAA